AUGUUCCCGGAGAUCGAUCCCAGCGAGGUGGACGUGGUAAUAGCGGCGCUGCAGCCCGAUCUCACCUCCUUCAUGGAAGAAUGGCGCCCGAUCAUCUCUCCAUUCCACAUUCUGAUCGUCAAGGACCCCGAUCUGGAGGAGGAUCUCCGAAUUCCUCACGGCUUUGACCACCAGAUCUACACCCGAUCCGACAUCCGGCGGAUCGCCGGCGCCGCUCCGAUCGACUUCUCCGGCUCCUCCUGCCGCCACUUCGGCUUCCUCGUCUCCGGAAAGAAGUUCGUCGUCUCCAUCGACGGCGACUGCCUCCCCGCCAGGGACGGCGGCGGCCACCCGAUCGACGCCGUGGAGCAGCACCUCUCCAACCUCCGGUCGCCGGCGACUCCCUUCUUCUUCAACACGCUCUACGAUCCCUACCGCGCGGGCGCAGACUUCGUCAGAGGAUACCCCUUUAGCAUGAGGACCGGAGUUCAGUGCGUCCUCUCCUCCGGCCUGUCACGAGAUCCGGGAGAUUGUAGGUAUGUCGACGCCGUUCUGACAGUUCCGGCGAGGGCGAUGAUGGUGGUCGCCGGCGGCAACCUGGCCUUCAACAGGGCGGCGCUGGGACCGGCGCUGCUCCCCGGCUUCAACCUUCCUGGCGGCGGCGCGAGGUGGGAGGCCAUGGCGGAGAUCUGGUGCGGCCUGUGCGCGAAGCUCGUCAGCGACCACCUCGGGCACGGGGUGAAGAGCGGGCUGCCGUACGUCUGGAGGCCCUCCGCCGCCGCCGCCACUACCGCCGGCGUAGGAGGCAGUGGUGGGAUGGCGGAGGCGGCGGAGCAGGCGGUGGUGAGCUUCUUCCAGACGGUGAGGCUGCCGAGGACCGCCGUGGUGGCGGAGGACUGCGUGAUGGAGCUGGCGAAGCUGGUAAGAGAACAGCUGGGGAAGUCGGAUGGCGUCUUCUUGCAGGUUGCAGAGGCCAUGGCGGAGUGGGUCAAGCUCUGGAAGGCCGUCGAGUCGUCGAGGUCGUCAUGA